AUGAGUGGGGGCCGCUUUGACUUUGAUGAUGGUGGGGCAUACUGUGGGGGCUGGGAGGGGGGAAAGGCCCAUGGACAUGGACUGUGCACGGGCCCCAAGGGCCAGGGCGAAUACUCGGGCUCCUGGAACUUUGGCUUCGAAGUGGCGGGCGUCUACACCUGGCCCAGUGGGAACACCUUCGAGGGAUACUGGAGCCAGGGCAAACGGCAUGGGCUGGGCAUAGAGACCAAGGGGCGCUGGCUCUACAAGGGCGAGUGGACGCACGGCUUCAAGGGACGCUACGGAACUCGGCAGAGUGGCAGCAGCGGGGCCAAGUAUGAAGGCACUUGGAACAAUGGCCUGCAGGACGGCUAUGGCACCGAGACCUAUGCAGAUGGAGGGACCUACCAGGGCCAGUUCACCAACGGCAUGCGCCACGGCUACGGCGUGCGCCAGAGCGUGCCCUACGGGAUGGCGGUGGUGGUGCGCUCGCCGCUGCGCACGUCGCUCUCGUCCCUGCGCAGCGAGCACAGCAACGGCACGGUGGCCCCGGACUCGCCCGCCUCGCCCGCCCCCGACGGCCCCACGCUGCCCCCCGCCGCCAUCCCGCGCGGCGGCUUCGCGCUCAGCCUGCUGGCCAACGCCGAGGCGGCGCGGGCGCCCAAGGGCGGCGGCCUCUUCCAGCGGGGCGCGCUGCUGGGCCGCCUGAGGCGCGCCGAGUCGCGCACGUCGCUGGGCAGCCAGCGCAGCCGCGUCAGCUUCCUCAAGAGCGACCUCAGCUCGGGCGCCAGCGACGCGGCGUCCACGGCCAGCCUGGGCGAGGGCGCCGAGGGCGCGGAGGGCGCCGACGAGGCCGCGCCUUUCGAGGCCGACAUCGACGCCACCACCACCGAGACCUACAUGGGCGAGUGGAAGAACGACAAGCGCUCGGGCUUCGGCGUGAGCGAGCGCUCCAGCGGCCUGCGCUACGAGGGCGAGUGGCUGGACAACCUGCGCCACGGCUACGGCUGCACCACGCUGCCCGACGGCCACCGCGAGGAGGGCAAGUACCGCCACAACGUGCUGGUCAAGGGCACCAAGCGCCGCGUGCUGCCGCUCAAGAGCAACAAGGUCCGCCAGAAGGUGGAGCACAGCGUGGAGGGCGCCCAGCGCGCCGCCGCCAUCGCGCGCCAGAAGGCCGAGAUCGCCGCCUCCAGGACAAGCCACGCCAAGGCCAAAGCUGAGGCAGCGGAACAGGCCGCCCUCGCUGCCAACCAGGAGUCCAACAUUGCCCGCACUUUGGCCAGGGAGCUGGCUCCGGACUUCUACCAGCCAGGACCGGAGUAUCAGAAGCGCCGGCUGCUGCAGGAGAUCCUGGAGAACUCAGAGAGCCUGCUCGAGCCCCCGGAGCGGGGCCCCGGGGCGGCGGGGCCCCCACCGCGCUCCCGCGAGAGCCCGCAGCUGCACGAGCGCGAGCCCCUGGGGCCUGACGGCGGCCCCCCGUCGCCGGCCGGGACGCCCCCGCAGCCCAAGCGGCCCCGCCCGGGGGCGACCAGGGACCGCCUGGCCAGCCCGGGCGCCUGGAACGGGGAGCCGGGCGCCGAGGGCAGCCGGCCGCUCACGCCGUCCGAGGGCGCGGGCCGCCACAGCCCCGCGCGGCCUGCCGCCGAGCACAUGGCCAUCGAGGCGCUGCAGCCGCCACCCGCGCCGGCGCAGGAGCCCGAGGUGGCGCUGUACCGGGGCUACCACAGCUACGCCGUGCGCACCGCGCCGCCCGCGCCGCCGCCCUUCGAGGACGAGCCCGAGCCCGAGGCCUCCGGGCCCGACUCCGCGCCGCCGUCGCCGGCCGCCGCCCCGCCGCGGGCCCCCGAGCUCGCGCCCGGGUCCCCGGCCAAGCUGGAGCCAAAGCCCAUCGUCCCCAAGGCCGAGCCCAAGGCCAAGGCCCGCAAGACUGAGGCCCGAGGGCUGACCAAGGCGGGGGCCAAGAAAAAGGCUCGGAAGGAGACGGCGCAGGCAGCCGAAGCCGCAGUGGAGGUGGACGAGGUCCCCAACACCGUCCUCAUCUGCAUGGUGAUCCUGCUUAACAUCGGCCUGGCCAUCCUCUUCGUUCACCUCCUGACCUGACCCUUGUCUACCAGAGCCAGCAGUCCCUGCUGAGGACGUGAGGACCCAU